CACAGCUUUGGGGCCAAAGUUUUGGCCAGCGCUGCGCGACGCCGCAUAGUUGCAUCUGAGCACUGCUGACACUCUCCACAGGUGGCACCAAGUCGCGCUGCUGCCGAAACCGCAGCGGUUUCACUGCUGCGGCUUGCUACACCCACCAAAAGCAGGAAACCGCAGCCAUAUCGACCUCGCGCCGUGUGCCGGGGAUCGUUAGCUCGACGUCGUCAAAAGCAGGAAACCGCAGCCACAUGGCGCGCGCGACGCGGCAGCAGAGCGGUCAAUCGAACCUAUUACUAGCGGCGGCCUGCGCAGCCCUCGGUUUUGUGGGAGGUUGGAGCUUCGGCCACGUGCACGGCCUCCACGCGUGCGAUUCCAAUGCGCUCGGCCACGGCAAGAUCAUCAGACCCUGCUCGCCGCAACCUAGGACACAUUUAAUCCACCAGGAGGCGAACCGGACGCGGCACGCGCUAGAUGAUGCACUGAUACGCCUCAGCAAACUCGAGCGAUCGACUACAAAAUGUCCGAAGUGUCAAUCGGCCUCGGAGGCCAUUUCCCAGAUCGAGGAGCUCGAGAACCAGGUGCGGGACCUCACGUCUUCUCAUGAAUCUUCUGGUGGAGAGGCUUCUCUGGACAUGACCCAGUGGGCUUCCGUGCGGGCCUUCGAUAGGGCUCGCUUAUGGAGGGAGACGCUCGCGUCGCUACCGUAUGUCCAGGGGACGACCAUCAGCCGGGGUGGGUUGUUGUUUACGAAGAGAAAACCCGUGAAUGCUUCCUUGGCGGCGGCGAAGGCCACGUGUAGCGAGAUUGAUGUCGUCGUUGCCGAUAGCAAGCCCGAUGUUUGUCUCGCGGUCUUCGAUUCGCGACUGCCGAUCUACACGAUGCUGCGGACGGACGCGUCCCUGCCUGUGUGGAAAUCAACAGUGCGUCGGGUGCAUCCUGGCUCGGUCGAGCGGUGAGGAACCGGCAUCGCCACGCCAUCGAGCAGGCGUCGCAUCGAUGGCGUGGCGGACAACGCGACGAUUCAGCGCGAACGCGCCAUAAAAUUUUGAUUUCCACACAGGUCGGGGGGCAAGGUCCUGGAGAAGCAGCGGCUGGAACAGGCCCCUCGCCUCCACAAGCACGCUGGUGCUGCUGCUUAUACUCCUGAACGCCUCGCGAAGCGAUCGCUCAUAAUAGCCCAGCAGGAGACGCUGCCGAAGAAACACUCCUUCAUGGAGGCGCUGACGACCACCGCGAAAUUCGGCGCGACGGCGCAAGGCGUCAUCAAACGCAUAGACGAAUUGAUAAGAAGGAGAAAGCUCGACGCGAAUCGAAAAACAGUUGUGGUCAUGGCGACGAACCAAGGCACUCUAGACCUCGUGGCGAACUUCGCUUGUAGUUGCAGAGCGGGCCCGCCGGAGGUCCAGCGGGCGCUGGCGUCGACGCUCGUGUUUACCGGUGAUUCGGAAACCUCAAAGCAGGUCGAGCUGUUCGGGCUGGCGUCGUUCCAUGAUAGCGCCUUGGGUGAUUUACCGGAAGGUGCUGCUAAAGCGUAUGGUGAUUAUGCGUUUGUAAGGAUGAUGUUUGCGCCGGCGUCCUUUUCUACGUGCUUCGUCGAGGCGGUUCCUUCGCGUCGAUGGCGUCGAGGCUCAUCGCACACGCCGUCGACGCGACGCCACCGCCGCGACGCCGUCGACGCGUCGGUCCCCGCAGGUGGCUCAAGAUCACGUCCGUCUACAGUGUCGUCGCGACGGGCCGCCACGCGCUCUUCCAGGACGCGGACGUCGUGUGGUUGCGGGACCCGAUCGAGUACUUUUUUACGCAAGCCGACGACCAGGUUGAUUGCUUCUUCAUGGACGACGGGGCGCGAAGUGCUAGAUAUACGCCGCUCUACACCAAUUCGGGGUUCUACUUCAUCAGAAAUAACAUGCGGACGCAGUUCUUCAUGCACCGCAUGCUGAUGGCUUAUGAUACCGUCUUAGCUGUUCGAUCUCAUCAACACGCCUUGAUCAUGCUGCUGUUAGAACCUGUGUGGAAAUCAAUCAGCGCGUCGGGUGCACUAAGUCAUUUCUCGGCGAUGACGCGGCCCUCCUGGGUCGGUCGAGCGGUGAGGAACCGGCAUCGCCACGCCAUCGAGCAGGGCGGCGCGUCGAUGGCGUAGAGGUUGACGCGACGAUUCAGGACCGAACGCGCCGUAAAAUUUGAUUUUCACACAGGUUAGAACACAUGGCGCGGCACGGCCUGACGGUGGGCGUGCUGGACCCCCUGCUGUUCCCGCAAGGACAGAUCUUCCACAGAAAGAAGGCGAUCAUGCAGUCGUUCGUCGACGGCACGGAGCGGCCCUACGUCUUCCACAUGUGCUGGACGGCCGGGCGGACGGACAAGCUGCGGUAUUUGAAGAACAUGGCCUUGUGGUUCUUAGAACCGAAGUGUGACCAGGACUCAUGGAAAGGGCAUAGGGACCACGGGAACUCGACGUUUGAUCACAACCAGGCCAACUGCUGCCUGGCGGGUGCGAAGCCGUGGACCGUGCCGACGCCGUACACGCAGGUGAUCGACCUGAAGUCUAAGUAGGGAUAUAGUAUACAAG